AUGGGCUCUGCACCGGGGGGAGACGGGCUCUGCGCCGGGGGGAGACGGGAUGCUCCAAACCUCCCGUCUGUGUCAGUGAGUUCCUCUGGUGGGAUAUCAGAGGAAACCUCAGUGACACUGAGCUGCAGCAGUGAUGCUAACCCAGCAGCUAAUUACACCUGGUACAAGGAGGAUGAAGACUCACCAAAAGCUUCAGGAAACAACUUCACUAUCAGUGACUUCAGUGCUGAAAACAGUGGAAAUUAUUACUGUGAAGCCCAGAACAGCAGAGGACGACGUAGAUCCAGAUUUCAUCCUAUUAAAGUGAAAGGUUCGUUGAAGCUUCCAGUUGCUCUUUCAGUCACUGCAGCUUCUCUGGUCGUCAUUGUCCUUCUGUUAGUAUUGUGGAUUAGAAGAGACACGUCCUUGAAAAAUAAACCUGCAACUGAAGAGAAACCAGACAACAGUGUCCAGCAGAUGGAUGAAAUUCAUUACGGUGCUUUAAGAUUCUCCACAACCCCGGCGGACCACAUCUACUCCAACUUCAGCCCAAGUCACCCCCACCCACAAGAAGAGAGCGUCGUUUACGCAACCACAAGAUUCUCGGAGGCACAGGCAGCGGUGGAGGACACACAGGCGAUGUAUAGCACAGUUAAAAAGAAACAUAGAGUGUGAAAACAUCCCCGCAGACAGAUUGGGCCAAAAUUUGGAAACGAGGCCGGAGCUUCAGGAGCUGCAUGCUGACCUGCAGUCCCCCCCUCUGAUCAUCCCACUGCUUGUUUCCACCUGUCUGUAUGGAUGUUUCUGUUGGAUACCUGCUGACAUCCUGACUUGCAGUCCCCACCCUCUGACCAUCUCAGUAGGAGUUUUUAGAUCGGAUCCCGUUAACAUCACUGAAUGAUGAAAGCGUGUUUAACUCGCGUUUUUAAUAUAAACGCAAGGCGUGUUAUUUGUCACCUCAGGCUUGAAACCGAGUUGAGGGGAGGGAAGGCAAGUUGGGAGGCGUUAUCCGCGAAACAUAACGUCACCUGUGUGGGCGUGUAGAAUGACGUAUUAUCCCUACAUCAGCUAGAUUUAUCUCUGUCAGACUCUCAUAAAUCAUUCUUACCUGUUUAUUGUCAUGUAUCUAUAUAUUGCCUCAUCUUCCCCACCUGCUGCAGCAAGAAUACAGUGCUAAUGUUUCAAACUCCCUUUGUCCAAUAAUGUUUGCAGAUGACACAACCCUAGUGCUCUCUCGUUCAAAUUUCAGCUUACUGAUUAAGGAUGUCAAUGCUGGUUUAACUGCCUAUGCUAUGUGGUUCAGAUUAAAUAAACUAUCCUUGAAUAUAAAGAAAUCAAAUUUCAUAAUUUUUAGUGGCAAAAAAUCAUACCGUAAAGAUUCAUGCAAAAUUACUAUUGAGUCUGUCAAUAUGUAUAAUGUAUAUAUGUAUAUAUAAUACCUGGGUACGGUAUUAUUGUUGAUGAGAGUUUGAGUUGGAGAAGAUACAUUCAAGUGAAGGGAAUAUUCCUCUUUGAAAUGUUAUAAAGGACGUUUGAAGCACCACUUGACUGCUGUUUUGUAACUGUUUUCCCAAUGUAUUGUUCUACAUGUAUCCAUGUUCUUUUUUUCUUUUUUUUUGUGUUUCACUGAUAGUGACAUGAUCAUUUCUACCAUUAGUCUUAUUUGCUCAGGAGUCAAUACAAGCUGUAAAAACAAUAUCCCAUGCACACUCACACACACUUUUCUUUUGUCUUUAUUCUUUAUUAUUUAUAUAUUGCAUUAUUAGUUUGCCAUCACUUUUGUGUAGUUAUACUUUUUGUUUUUAUAUGUUAAUCUUGUGUUCUUUAUAACAUGUGAAAUUGUAAUAUCUUCGGUGGAGGCUUCAAAUAAGCCCAUUGGGUUUUUUGCCUCUUCCUGCACCGUAUAGUAUUUAUAUUUGAUAUUUUCUUGUAUAUCUUUAAAACUGUGCAAAACAAUAAACUAAACUAAACU